GGUUGUAGUAGUUGACCUGUCGACAAUGUAGUGUACUUCCCCACACGGUUUGAUUUUUCUUAUUUAGCUAAUGAAGUAAACCCUUUUAUACACGACUUCAAACUGUAUUGACCAACACCUGCAUAAGAAAGCAAAAAGAGAGAACGUAAAGAAGGAGAAAAGAAAGCACAAAGAGAGAAAUGGCAAGCCUAACUGUUCCUUCAGUUCUAAUUUCACCUCGUGAUGAUGCCAUGCAACUAUAUAAAGCUUUCAAAGGACUUGGAUGUGAUAAAGCAGCAGUCAUUAACAUCCUUGCCCACCGUGAUGCAACUCAACGUGCUCUUAUUCAACAGGAAUACAGAACUAUGUACUCUGAAGAGCUAAACAAGCGCUUGGCCAAAGAGCUUAGCGGUAACCUUGAGAAAGCAUUGUUGCUAUGGAUGUGUGAUCUGGCAGGAAGGGAUGCUACCCUAGUUAGGAAGGCUUUGAGUGGUGAUGUUAUUGAUCCCAGAGCUGCCACUGAAGUGAUAUGUUCACGGACUCCUUCUCAAAUACAAUAUUUUAAACAACUUUACCAUUCCAUGUUUGGUGUCUACCUUGAACAGGAUAUUGAGGUUCAGACUUAUGAUGAUCACAAAAAGUUGCUUCUAGCAUAUGCAAGGACAAUGCGCUAUGAAGGGCCAGAAGUUGACAGAGCUUCGGUGGAACAUGAUGCUAAAGCUCUUUUCAAAGCUGGGGAGAAGAAAUUGGGAACCGAUGAGAAGGCUUUUAUACGAAUUUUUUCUGAAAGAAGCAGGGCGCAUUUGGCUGCUGUUAGUGCUGCUUAUCAUAGCAUGUAUGGUAACUCAUUGAAAAAGGCUGUAAAAAGUGAGACCUCUGGACCCUUUGAGUUUGCCCUCUUGACUAUUUUGCAGUGUGCUGAGAAUCCAGCAAAGUACUUUGCGAAGGAGUUGCACAAGGCAAUGAAGGGUAUGGGUACGGACGAUACAACUCUCAUUAGGAUAAUAGUCACGCGAACUGAGAUCGAUAUGCAGUAUAUAAAAGCAGAGUACCACAAAAAGCAUAAGAAAUCUCUGAAUGAUGCAGUUCAUUCGGAGACUUCUGGUGUAUAUCGGGCCUUUCUUCUAUCUCUUCUUGGGACUGCUCACUAAUGAAGAGUCAGCACCAUAAAGCAGGUGUUUAAACUUUAAAGUAUGGCAUCAGUGUUGAAACCCAUGUCUAAAGCAGGAAGUUUAAACGUUAGUAAGCCAUAAACAUUGUUUAAAGGUGUAAUUGUGUCAGGUGAAAACCUUCUUUUUAAAUCUCCUCUUUAUUGUAAUACUGUCAAUUUGCUGGUCUUUAGUCUAAUGCUAAACGUGUGCAAAAUUUCUUUCUCAGAAUGGUGUUGUAAAGGUGCCUUCCGCGAAUAAAAGAAAAUUUCACUUUUUGCUUUUCAAUA